GAAAGAUGUCUGUUGCUGGAUUGUCCUGUUACGGGGAUGGAUUCCGAUUGGCUGGGCCACCAUCGGAAUGUUCACUUCGAAGCAAGGCUAGAAUCGAUGCUCUCUUUGAGGACUGCAGAUCCAUCUGCAGUUCUACCCUUGGUGGUUGGUACGCUGGUGUCUCGACGGUAACAUCGAUUCAUUGCGAAGAUCAAAGUUUCGAAGAGCAAAAGAGAGUAAACAGUGCGGUCCAAGCAAGAAUCGAGGCGAUGUUUGCUUCCGUGGAAGCUGAAAGCGGAACACCAGGGGAAUGUGCAGCUGCCAUAUUGCCGGUGAAGUACAUGGGUGCUGCUCCAGUUGGUGGUAGAGUAGCCAGCAUUCGUGGCCUUCAAGAACCUCUUCGUCAGCUUCUAGAGAGAAUCGAUGGAUCGAUUCAAGCGGAAUUAGAAGUCUCUAGACGUGGACUGAGCUUUCGAACCAGUGAGACCUGUGAGAAGAACAAUCCUUUUCGUAGAAUAGCUGUUUGGAGUGCGUUGAGACUUCGAUGUAGAAAGAUUCCGUCGGGCGAAUCGCAUUACGCUUUUCUGCCACUGGUCGGAGAUCCUGAUCAAGGUCAAGGGGCCGAUGACAAGCACGCUGACCUCUAUAGGACAAUGCGUGGUUUGAAAAGUGAUGUCGACGUUUACCCACCUAUCUUCGCUGUGGUCAUGAGACGAGCAGGAGCAGCAAGAUUGUUAGAAUGUCAUGCAUUUGCUUGUCAAACGGAAGAAGAUGCAGUUGCUGCUGCAGCUACCUUGUACAGAGCAUUAUUAGCUGAUCUCGAUGGGAAUCGAAGAAGACCUAGACAUGCUAACGGUUUGGGCUGUGUUAGCUUGGCUUCCGUGGUUUCUAGCGUUCGAGAAGCUAGUCCUAGUAACAAGAGCAAUUUGUUGACAUCACCACCACCAAAGCCGAACGUUCCACCUCAUCCUGUAAGACCACCGAGGUCGAAAAAGAAUUCCAUUUCGAAUUCAGCUACCGAAGACGAGGGUAACAAAUCCGUUGGUGUCCAGAAAGCACCGAGAAGAAAAAAGAAAACGACAUCGGACGUACAAGCCGAAGACAUACUCGAAGCUAGAGGACGAAGAAGAGAACCUGUUAAACCGGACAAGCCAGUGAGCCUGAUCCAAAAGAACUUGGAACAGUUUGAAAAAAAAGAUGAUGAUAAUAAAAGUUCCAAAAAUAUUCAACAUGCGGAGAAAAUCGAGAUUGAUCGACCAACUAGUCGUAUGGAUAAGAUCUACGAUGAUAAAACUAACAGCAGUAUUUAUGGAGUCCAAUCUAACAUUUACGAAAAAGUAUUAUUAUCCAGAAGAAGCAAUGAUUUCGAUACUAACUCGAGAUCCAUUUACUUGCCAGCUCGAAAAGACGAGGCUGUUCUAUCAAGCGAAAAGAAUUACGGAUCUUACGAUUUUUCUCGAAGAAAUUUUGACAUUGGAAAUACCAAGGAAUCUUAUUCUAAAAAGUCAGAUUGUUUUCCUAUUUACGAUAGAAUCGACAAACCAUCGAACGCGAAGAAUCCGAUUUAUAUGCAAAGCGCGAAGAAGAAUGAUCGACAAAAGAUCUACGAGGAACACUUCAGAGACGCGGAAAAGAUCUACAGUCUCGGUCAAGAAGAUAUUUACGUUCCUGGUAAUAAGAAGAUGGAUCGUGGACACGUUCACAGUUCUCAGGAGGACGUGUUCUUCUCGAGAAAUCGUAAAAAUGAUGUCUACGAAGAUGUCUGCAAAAAGGUUCUUCAGGAAAAACACUGUUCUAGAAACAGAGAAAGAAAUUCAUCCUCCGGUACAAAGCUCUGUAGAGUUGUUACCAUGGAUAAGCCCUUGAAGAAGACAGGUUCUAAUGACUUAGAAGUUGAGCCGAAGAUACCAGAGUACAGUCAGCCUCGAGUUAGAAGGAGAAGUAGAGCUGGUAGUGAACCACCAGUCAGUAGAUCUGAAAGUACCAAGAAAAUUGUUCAAGAGACUAGACUGAAGAGAUCUCAAAGUGAUCUUGACGUAGAGAGAGGGGAUUUAAUGACUAGAGUGGAAUUACCAAGAAGAGCGAGUUUCUUGAAACCUGGUAGUACCAGAAGAGCAAACAAUAUGAAAGGUGGAACUCCUUUAGGAUUUACUGAACUCUUUGAUGAAUUUAGAAAUCAGGAAGGUCUGACCAGCGUCGACGACAUCUUGGCAGCUAUUAUAGAUCCAGAAGGUAUGUCCUUUAACGACCUCAAGCCACUUUACAAAGAAUUUCUAUUGAAACUCGCCGCAACCUUGACACAAGACGAGCUCUAUCAAAGAUCUGCUAGUAUAAUGAGAAGACGACGUAGACCACAAAGAAGACGAUCGACCCGUCGACCUUGUCUGCUGGGACGUGCUAUCAAGAGAUCUGUGUCGAGAUUAAAAGGUGGACCAACCGAAUUCACAUCGGUUAUUUUUCCUGCUAGAAGAUUGAAUGAUAGCUUUGGAAGUAGCUCGUCUUGCGAUGCUAGGAACAAUCAUCGAAAUCGUGUCUUGGCUAAUAGGCACGGAAAGAGACGGUCGUCCUGGAGAAUGAGCAAGCAUGGACAGUGUCAUACAACUUCGGAGGACAGUGACACGUGUAGACGAGCGAGUCGCAAUGCUGGAGCAGCUGCAAAUAGAAGCAGCAGUGGUUACGUAAGUUGCAGCGAAUGCAGCUACGAUUCCGAAUCCUGCACCUGUAUCUCAGCGGAUAAAUGUUAUUGUUCCCUGUCCAGAAGGCAACUCGUAGAACCUAUCGUCCCAAAUACGAUUGUGUGUGCUUGCGACACGGACAGUUGUUCCGAAAGCAACAAAUGUUAUUGCGGAAGGACACCUGUACGAUCCAACAUCCUGGAACAAUUAAGACAAAAAGGUAUUGUGCCGUCGGAGAGCACCUUAAGCAGAGGUGGAAGUCCCGAUAGAAUAACAUCGUCAAAAACCUCUAGGAGUCAUUCCUCUUCACAUAACUCUGAAUUAUUGAAGAUUCAAUCCUCUCCAGUUUGUGGUAGCUCGGACAAUUUGGCUUUGGAUUAUGAUCUCUUCAGUCCAGGAAGAAAAUCUCAGCAAUCAUCUGAUAGCGAGAAGGUGUUGGUUGUAAGUGCUAGAGACACUCAAGGUCGUUUGGUCUACGUUGGAGGGGCUGAACGAGAGAAGAAAUGUUUCUCGCAUGGCAACGUUAGGUCGGACGCUCAUCAUGAAGCACUCUCGAUAAAAAAGAGUGCUGAAAUUGCUGCUGUCUUUGGAUCCGAUUCGAAUAAGAUUUGUAGGAGAGCUAGUAACGCGUCUAGUAUCAAAAGUUCCAUCAGUUUGGAAGCUGGUUUAGGGUAUUUACCUUGAUGGUAAUGUUUCCUGC